AUGGCUGAAGGAGAGAUGGCAGCUGUCAGUCGGGAGUGUCUGCAGGGCCUGGAUUUCCUCCAUUCCAACCGGGUGAUGCACAGGGAUCUGAAGAGCUCCAACAUCCUCCUGGGAAUGGACGGCUCUGUCAGGCUGGCUGAUUUUGGCCUCUGUGCUCAGCUCAGCCCUGAGCAGGACCGGCGCAGCUCCAUGGUGGGCACUGCUCACUGGAUGGCCCCAGAAGUUGUGACCAGAUCUCAUUAUGGCCCCAAGGUGGACAUCUGGGCCUUUGGCAUUGUGACCAUCGAGAUGGUGGAAGGAGAACCUCCUUACUUCAGGGAAACGGGGGCCAUGGUAAGAGGCAAAUUCUCCAGUGGUUGCAGAGGCCUGUGAGCACAGGGGGACCCUGCCCUGGGAGCAGCAGCUGGAGGUUUCUGCACAUGGGCAGGGAAUUCCCAGAGGACUCCAGCCUCAACACAGACGAAUAUUCUGCAGUC